GGUAGAUUCCCAUGGAUGCCUCGCCGAAUGCUUUUGCGAAUAACUGUUUAAAAAAAUUCGGUGAAUAGGUAUAUACAUCGGCGGCAUCACCCACGAAAUCUCAGCAUACCACGGCAUAUAUUAUUUAGUUCGGUAUCGCCCGCAAGGAUGAUUAUUCUUAGAAAACUCCUCCGAACCCCGAUAAACAUAGCGCUGCCAAGCUGCCAAGCUUCCGCCAUUCCAAUCCGGGCAAUUCUUGGCAGCCGCAGCCCGAGUAGUCACGUGACAUAUUUACCAUCUCCAUCUUCCAACUGUCUUUCUGUGCAACGACGACGUCGGUUCUUUCAACGUCUCAUCAACCUCAUCGCCUUGCUGAGACCGGGGCACUGGCCUAUCUUUAUCUUCUAUGUAUUUAUAUAUUGACUUCCUUUAGGUUUUUGGUUAAUCCCUUAACUUCCGGAACGCCGGACCCAAGGAGUUCGUCACUGGCAGACCUCCCCUUUUGCCCAAUUUCCUUGUCUCGCACCUGUUCUCUAGGAAUUGGGAAUCGCCAGUCGUAUUUUUAUUUUAUUUUUGGAUAUUGCCCGUUUGUUCUUAUCAUUGUUAAUUUUUCCAGACAUUUUCUGGACAGUUUUGUUUUGCUUCGGCGCUUUCGGUGAUCUUGUGGCCACAUUGUUGUCUCCUUCCCUCAGUUUGCAGGGUCCGUUUAUCUAUCUCUGAUACUUGCAAUGGGAGAAGACUCUAGGUCUGGGCUUUGAUUGUUUUCUGCAUUUGUAUCUCGUGCUCGUUGAAAACUGGCUUGGGUUGUCCCUUUGCCUGUCAAUUAAGCCAAAAUGGCCUCGUCUGCCAUGCCCGGCGAUGGCGGGCAGCCUUUCCACGCUCAACCAGUUCCUGCCCUCAAUCACAAACAACGGGGCCAAAAGCACCCUCGAAGGGGGAAAAAUCGCCAGCACCACCCAUAUGCUGGUAGCACCGAUGGCCCACCCAAAAACUCGCAAGCCCAAUCCUGUUUUAAUUGUGGCUCCCUGGAGCAUUGGGCCCAGCAAUGCCCAGAACCUCGGCGCGAAUUUCCCGCUGGUAGUAUGAGGCCUGGUCGCCCGCCCAAAAGACAGAAAACCACAGGUUCUCACAUCUCCUCAAAUGCAGGCGACCCGCAUUACAACCACUCGCAUCGGCCCCCCCAAAGAGGCUAUACUCAUCCUCCCGUGGCGCAUUCGGGAUACCAGCCCGCACCAAUGUCAACUUCACCAUAUGGCCCCCCAACACCCAUAUCUGUGCACCCUCAUUCGGCUGGUCCCUGGUCCCAGGAACACCCACCCCCGCAUUAUAAUUCACCCCAAUCGUACGGAUUACCCACUCCCAUGGGCGGCUAUGGAUCACAGUUUGCAAGUCCAUCUACUUCUAUGCCACCCCAUCAAGGCCAUUUCCCGCCUCAUUAUUCACCUCAGUAUGGAAAGGCUGAAUAUCAUCGAAAAUCCUUCGAUCAUCGUCAACAGAUUCUACCACAGGCCGGGAGCAAUCGCCAAUCAAGAAAAAAGUGGCGUCGUUUAGACAACGUGUCCGCAAUAGCAGCUCCAAUCGAACCUUGGAUGGAGGAAUUGCAGUCCCUUGACAUCCCAGACAGCGGUGCAAAUCAAGUAGAAAUUGUCUGGAGGCCAGCCGUCCAAGUUGCCCGCCCACUUCCUUCAACCUUUGAUGAACGUGAUGAUGUGGGAAUGCUUCCGCCAUUCACAUCCCUGCCACCUGGCAUGUCUGUUUCGAAAUACAUCUUAGACAAGGGACCUGAAGAGUUUGUUUCCAACAUUAGGAACACCGAAGAUUGGCCCUUUGUGAUGUCAGAUCCUAUUUUCCUGGAGAUUUCGAUGGAAUGUGAACUUAUACCACUAGACGAGCUCAUCGCCCGUCGCAAACUGAUAUUUAAGACCCAUCGCGUCGAGCCGCCUCCUGUCGUUGAGGAAGCCAGUGAUACUAACGAAGAUAACGGAUAUAAUGAGGCAGAUGAAUCCGAUGAUGACAAAGAGGCAAAUGAAUACCAGGAGAGAGAAGUUUCCAUUGUUAAUUCUAAUGAAGAGAGCCACGAACGAGCUACGAAUAGGAGCCACUCCGGCGAGUGGUCUCGCACCCCAUCUCACACUUCACAGGCAGACCAUGGAGACGGUAUGUCUUCUCCGAGAUCAUACCCAGCGGAUGACAGGGAGUCAUUGAGGGAACCUUCUCCGGAGGUGGCAGACCAUCCAGCCUCCCCUAGUCCGAGGACGUACUACGGCCACCACGACUCUCAUGAUCAUGAGAGCUCCAGACAAACAAAUUCAAUAAACCCUGGUAGGGGGCGGUCGAAUGACAAACGACGUGGGAAUCAAAGAACCCCGAGAGAUCGGACGAAGCAGAUGGAGGUUCCAAACCGCAAAGCCUCCCAGCAAGAAGGCAGGCGUAAUGCUCCUUUUGAUCGUCGAGGAGGCCGUGGUAGCCACUUUAAUUCCCAGGAUCGACGAAAGCCAAAGCCGCAACACUUUAAAGGGACAAAUAAACCAAAGACCAAGAAAGGACCUAAUAACCGUGGACACCCAUCAAACCAGGGUGAUUCUGGGGUCCGUAACAGCAAGAACCGUGAUAGCCAAUUUGGAAUGGACGGCAACACCGGCCCCGACCACACUAAUAAUCCGCAGGAGCAUCAACGCUCCAAGGACCACGCUGAAAUUCAACAGAUGAAGCCAUUCGAUCAGCAUAGCCGCCAUGGUCAAGUUGGUGGCGAAGAUACUGGCCGCAAGAGGAGCAGGCAUGAUGAGUCGCCCACAAGACCUGAAGAACCCAGACGCCAGGAAGAUGACAUCACUCCAAAACUAAAGCGACGGCAACCUCACGUCGCUGAGGCCUACAGCCGUCGAUGGUGAACACAAUUCCGCCCUAUGAUAUGUCUCUUCUUGGCAUUUUAUUCCCUUUUCUCACAUGAUAACCCAUACCCGUCAAUAAAACUUCACUUCACUCUUUUUCCUUUUUCAGGCCAAGGGCCUUUUGGACCUAUAUUUAAUAUAUCUAUAUAUCUAUAUAUAUAAAACAAGUGGGAUUGUUUUGCGUUUGGGACAGUCUUGCUGUAUCCAAAUUUUCUUUUUGGAUUAUAACUUUGUGUCCCGUGUGAAACCUGGCUAUUUAAUCCUUGCACCCGGGAAAGGAAGUUUUUACUCCCCCGAAUGUGCAUAUUUUUCCCCGUUUGCGUAGGCAACAGCGGGAGGCUUUUUUGUACCAGAAACGGGAUUGCGUUCGGGCAAUGUUUUAAGGCCUAUUUUUAUCCUCACGUCAGUUAGUUGUGGUGCUAUUUUCUUUUUGCUGAUCCUACUAUUUUGUGCUCAUUCCGAGUUUGGCACGGCAUCAUACUUUAUUCCUCAAAAAGGCCUGGUAUAUGCGCCUAUAUCCAACCUCACAGGAAAUAUUUUACUUUAUGGGCUACUCCUGCUUCUACUGCCGCAGCCUAGUCCUACGGACAAACCCUCUCCUUCCUUUUCGAAGCGGGUUUCACAAGUAAAAGAAAACAGGACACUACGCUUGCAAAUUGCCCGCUUUUUUGUAAAACGAUAGAAGCGAUUUUCCCUUUGGCGAAUAUUCACCAGGGAUCAUCUGGUUUCGGCUUGCACAGGCCAUCCGGACAAGGGAGGCUCAAUAUCACUGCUUUCGGAUAUUUUCCUACUCAUCAUUCGGCUCAGCGGAGUAAGCCCACAGGCGCCUUUUUAUUUUUCCUAUAUAUUCCCAGUAGCCAUACGGGAAAUCCUACUAUAGGUUUUCUUUUCAUUUCUACGUUAUUCCCCUCCUUUCCUUUGACAACUGAGGAAUAUCCAAGGAACCGAAAGCUGGCCAGAUUGGAUACCCUACCGAUAACCGACAGUAAUGUCGACCUAUCCAACUAAUACACCGCUAUCUCGUUGUUUAUGGAUGGGACGAAGUUGAAUGCAUGCGCGUAGGCUACCAAGCCUCAGGUGAUAAAUGUUAUUUGUAUCCCGGUUUCUGCGGGAUUUAGGACGCUGUAUGACCAACUACUGCUAUCCGUCCGUUAGGUCAAGGGGGAAAACUACCUUCAACGAGGUGGGCCGUGAUAUUCCCAGUCCUCUCCCACGAGAUCAGGAAGUGCCUUGCGUUGGCAAAACGAUAGAUAGUAGCCUUGAUUACCAACCAACACAAACAUCCAGGCCAGCGAACGAGCUGAAUUGAGUUGAGAACCAGGGUUGCCGCCGCCAUACAAAGGGCCAGAAGAACCAAAAAACCCUUUGGUUGUUGUUCAUGUUAUGUUUGUCGAUAUUAUGUUAUUUAUAUCCUGCCGGUACACCAUGGGCUUUUUGGCCAUCUUUGCAAUCUUAUGAUAUUUAGUCGCCCAUGCGGGCACGUAAUUAAGGUUCAGAUAAAAAAUAAAAAAUAAAACUGCCAUUUGGCCAGGGCCCUUUCAUACACAUUUUACAUUUUUCCCCACUUGUAAUGCGAUGUGCUGGAUAGAACCUACAGUACAUGUUGGGUUAGUUUGAAGUUGGAUUCAAAUUUUGGCGAGCCCUUCCAAGCAGUCCAAGCAGGAGCAAUUGAAAACAAAUAAUCUACAGAACUAACACGAGCCAUCAUCGAGUCCUG